UGGAGAGAGGCUGAGGCAGCCGACCUCCGGCCCGAGGCACCGGGGCGCCGGGACGGCGAAAAUGUCGCCUUCCUUAGUCCGGGCAACUGCCCGGGCUGUGAGCAAGAGGAAGCUGCAGCCCACCCGGGCAGCCCUCACCCUGACACCUUCAGCAGUAAACACGAUAAAACAACUUCUUAAAGAUAAGCCUGAGCAUGUAGGUGUAAAAGUUGGUGUCCGAACCAGGGGCUGUAAUGGCCUUUCUUAUACUCUAGAAUAUACAAAGACAAAAGGAGAUUCUGAUAAAGAAUUUAUUCAAGAUGGAGUCAGAGUAUUCAUCGAAAAGAAAGCACAGCUAACACUUUUAGGAACAGAAAUGGACUAUGUUGAAGACAAAUUAUCCAGUGAGUUUGUGUUCAAUAACCCAAACAUCAAAGGGACUUGUGGCUGUGGAGAAAGCUUUAAUAUUCGAAAUCUCAGGAUUCUUCUGGCUGUAGGUUCCAGGAAAGCUCGUGGAAGCUUUGGGGCUCACUGCAGAAAUCAUAUGACUGUCACGUGCUGGAAAAUAAAGUGAUACAUCUUGAAAAUGAA